GGCUCGGUGUCCCCGGGGCAGGAGCCGGCCCCGCCAUGGCCGUGAGGGCCGGGGAAUGGAAAAGGAUUGAAGAACAAGUCACUACUAAGGAUCUUCCUUUCUUCCUCAUCCCUCGGGGAGAGGCUCUGGGGAAGGUGCACUUCUCAGUGUCAACCAUCGCUCUUCAUGCACGCUGAACGAAUUGAUACAAGUUCUAUGUAUCUUCCCACCUUUCCUUUUUUUGGGUUUUCAAUAAUAAUCAGAAAAUGUUUGUUUAUUUGUUUUAGCUUUUCCUUGGGAAUCAUGAACACCCGGCAGCAAAGCAAACUUAUUUACUCCUGGUAUGGAAAACCCUUGAGUUCAGACAGAAAGCUGAGAACUUCCCAGUACAAGGGGAUCCUUAUUACCUCAGAAAGCACCAAAACAGAAACCUGUAUACAGCUUGGUGACUUUAUUUUAGUGGAAGGGGUGAAUGCAGAUCAGCCUUAUGUGGCACAGCUCUUGGAUUUAUAUGAAGAUGGUGCUCAGCACAAACGUGCAGUUGUGCAGUGGUUCUGUCGUUUGGGGGAGAUACCUCAGAACAAACGGAAGCUGCUGAAAAGAGAGAUUUCUGCCCAGGAGGUGUUUUUUGAUCAGAUUCUAGGCUAUGACACCGAUAUAGCUGCAGAGACCAUCAUUAAAAGCAUCAUGGUCUUACCACUACAUCUGGGUGAGGAGCUGCCAAUGAUUACAUUAAACAAGGAACAAACUUUCUAUGUCAAACAGUCUUGGGAUGGGAAGUGCUUUAAGGUUUUGUCCCCGGACACAUUCUCUAAGCUGAAAGAAGCUAACAAGAAAAGAGCUGUCAUCACAAACUCUUCAAAAGCAUUUAUUCCUCCAGACACCCUUACACCUGUGAAAAAAGAGACAGAGAAUGUUCUUUGGAGUGCCACAAAACCAAAAAAUGUUGAUACAGAAAUAGAAUCCAAACAUUCGGCUUCCAAGUCCUCCCUUGCUAAGGAGAGGCAUUCUCAAAGGGUGGCUAAUAAUGACAUCAAAACCCCAACAGCAAGGAAGAAGCUGGAGUUAAGCAGCCCCACAAGAUCCAAAGGGAGGCUGCUGGGAUGUGAAGUUUUGGGGCUGUUGGAUGACGACUGUGAUGCUGUAGCACCAUCAGAACCAUCAGCCACUAAAAGAAAAGUGAAAUUCAGUGAUAUUUUAGGCUCCCCACCAAAGAUCCCCUGCAUCAAUGACAAGUCCAAGUCCACAUCUGAGACUGCAGAGCACCAUCAGAGGUUUAGUGACAUCCAACUGACCCCCUACACUAAGGUCAAAGAUUUCGGUGAAAAGGACAAGAAUCUUCAUGAGAACGGCGACAUUUUAUCUCCCGUUGGGUAUCAGACACGGAGCAUCCUCAGCCCUGUGCUGACCCCUCGUUCUCGCAGAACGUGUGCACAGAAAACCAGUGCCCUCAUUGCAGAGCAGAUCAGCAUGUUGGGCCAGGAAGAUUUUCUGUCUGACUCUGACAGUUCCUACUCUUCAAGUAGCGAGGAAGAGGAGGAAGAGGAGGAUGUACCCUGUACACCAGAAAAGAAAACUAAAUCCAGCAGGAUACUCAGCACCCCAAAAUCUUCAAGGAAGUCAGCAGUUCAUACUCCUGCAAAGACACCGAAGAAAACUCCUGUGCAAGGAACACCCAGAACACCCCGGAAUGCAACUCCAGAGAUCCCCAGGCGCAGCCAGGCAGCCCAGGAGCCAGCCAGUGCACUGGAAGAAGCCAGACUAAGGCUGCAUGUUUCUGCUGUCCCAGAAUCUCUGCCUUGCCGUGAGGAAGAAUUCCAGGAUAUCUAUAACUUUGUGGAAAGCAAACUUAUUGAUGGUACAGGAGGGUGCAUGUACAUUUCUGGAGUGCCUGGAACAGGCAAAACUGCAACUGUUCAUGAGGUGAUUCGGUGCCUCCAGCAAGCUGCAGAAAAUGAUGAACUGCCACCAUUCCAGUUUGUGGAGAUCAAUGGCAUGAAGCUGACAGACCCCCACCAAGCCUAUGUGCAGAUAUUAGAGUUUUUGACAGGCCAGAAGGUGACAGCAACCCAUGCUGCAGCACUGCUGGCAAAGCUGUUCAGUACACCUGGGCCAAAGAGGAAGACCACGGUGCUGAUAGUGGAUGAGCUGGAUCUGCUGUGGACGCGGAAGCAGAACGUGAUGUACAACCUGUUCGACUGGCCCACCCAAAAACACUCCAGGCUCAUCAUCCUGGCCAUUGCCAACACCAUGGACCUGCCAGAGAGGAUCAUGAUGAACAGAGUGGCGAGCAGGCUGGGCCUCACCAGAAUGUCCUUUCAGCCCUACACCUACAAACAGUUACAGCAGAUCAUUUUAUCCAGACUGAAGGGUGUGAAGGCAUUUGAAGAGGAUGCAGUUCAGCUGGUUUCCAGAAAGGUGGCAGCCCUGUCCGGGGACGCACGGCGGUGCCUGGACAUCUGCAGGAGGGCCACGGAGAUCUGCGAGCUCGCCAGGCACAAGAGAGCCCCGGAGAUUGUCAGGAUGGCCCAUGUCACUGAAGCCAUAGAUGAAAUGUUCUCCUCACCCUAUGUCAAUGCAAUCAGGAAUGCUUCCUUGCAUGAACAAAUCUUCUUGAAAGCAAUUUUGGCAGAGUUUCGCAGGGCAGGAGUUGAGGAGGCAACAGUUCAACAGAUCUACCAGCACCACGUGGCCCUGUGCAGGAUGGAGGGCCUGCAGAGCCCCACGGUGUCAGAGAUCCUGGCGAUCUGCUCCAGACUCGGUGCCUGCAGGCUCUUGCUGGUGGAGGCCAGCACUAAAUACCUGCACACUCGAGUGCGACUGAACCUCGGCCAGGACGAUGUCAUGUAUGCGCUCAGGGAGGAAUAAAGCAAAAGAGGUUUUAUUGCUUUUAGUGUGUAUAAAUAUUUUAAAUACCGUCUAUUUUUAUUUUUUUUUAAUUAUUGAUAAAAUGGAAAUAGUGAAAUGUAUUUUUAAAAACGUUUUGCUUAUUUGAUGUAUGAACGCACUCGU